AUGGCUACAGAGACACAACAAUGGGCAGCGGACCAGACACAAACCAGAGGCGUUUUUGAUAUGUCAAUUGGAACUCCACAUGUAUCUGCUCAAAUCGAAAAAAUGGAGAGAAAACUUGAAAAUUUUGACUCAAAAGUUGACAUGCUUAUGCAGAAAAUAACAGUACCAGUGCAGCAGGUUGCUGUACAGCAGCCUACUGCAGCAGUUUGUAGCAUCUGCAGCAUGCCAAAUCAUGAUUUUAUGGGCUGCCCACACAAAGAUGCCUAUCCUGAACACGUGGCAGAACAAGUAAAUGCAUUUAACAAUUUUCAGAGACUCAGAAAUGAUCCAUAUUCUAAUUUUUAUAACCCAGGUUGGAGGGAUCACCCAAAUAUGAAGUGGGGAGGAAACCAACAGGUGCAACAUUUUCAGCAAAAUCAUGUACAGCAGCCAGUUGUGCAACCCAAACGUUCUUUGGAAGAUACACUCCAAAUGUUUAUGCAAUCUACAAAGCAGUACAUAGACAAAAAUGAUCAGAAUAUGCAAAAUGUACAAGCUUCAAUUCAAAAUCUGGAAAAGCAAUUUAAACACUAUGAUAAUCAUGAGAAUGCAAAAAGUGAAGACAAGUCUGUAGAAAAUCCUACAGAAUUUGUUGCAAAACCUACAGAACCUGCUGCUGCACAACUUGCCAAAAACAAUCCAGCAAUAGAAAAAUGCACAGAACAUGUUUAUGAGGCCCCAAUUCCAUAUCCAGAAUGUUUGAAGCCAACAGCAAAAGACAAGCAACUGAGGGACUUCAUGCAAACUCUAUAUCUGCCACUACUUGAUGCAAUAAAAAACAUUCCAUCAUAUGCCAAAUUUUUGAAAGAUGUGUGCACUCACAAAAAGAAAUUGGUUGAUUUUGAAAAAGUUGUUUUGACUGAACAGUGCAGCGCAGUUCUACAGCACAAAUUACCACCCAAAAAGAAAGAUCCAGGCAGUUUUACAAUUUCUUGCACUAUUGGAAAUUCUAAUUUUAAACGUGCAUUAAUUGAUUUAGGUGCUAGUAUUAAUUUAAUGCCUUAUUCUGUUUUUCAGAGAUUGGGCCAAGGAGAUCUAAGGCCUACAUCAAUUAUUCUCCAGCUAGCAAAUUGUUCUGUUACUUAUCCUAAGGGGAUUAUUGAAGACUUAAUUAUCAAGACUGACAAUUUGUAUCUACCAGCAGAUUUCGUGGUUUUGGACAUGGAUGAAGAUUUGUAA